GACCAGCCCCCUCCCUACAGCAAGACCGACCCUACGCCUCACAAGACUCGCAAUGGCAUUCCACCUGACCACCGCCGCUCUAUGGAAGACGCAAGCCGCGAAGUCCCAGAAGGCUGGAUCAGACAGUAUGAUCCUCAGACCAGCCAUCAAUUCUAUGUCGACACACGCACCGAGCGCUCCAUCUGGCACCAUCCUUACGACGACGACGAGUACAUGGCCUCCUUGUCGCCCGAAAAGCGCGCCCGCAUCAGAGGCCUGAGUCGUGUGCCUACUGAUGCCGACAUCAUCGCCGAGAGCUCAGAAGACGACGCUCAUGAUCCGCGAGGUCCUCCUAAGCGCCAGGAUUCGAACCCUAGUGGCAUGAAGAAAUUUGGCCGCAAGAUCAAGGACAAAAUGACCUCGAGCACUCACCAAGAAAGAGAAGCCCAGCGCAAGAAACGUGCCGAGGAAGAGCAGAGAGCUUACCAGCGUCAUCUCGAAAUGCGCCAGGCAAUGCAAAGGGCUGUGCAAACCGGCCAGCCUCAGUUCAUCGGCAAAGACCGCGAAGGCCGCGACUGCUACCUUACUCCUCCUCAAGGUGCC